AUGGCUUCUCCUACGCAAAAGAACUUUGACGCAACCUCUCGAUUGCAAAUGAAAGAACAGACGAUUGACGAGAUGUAUGGUAUACCAGAGAAUUUUCUAGAAAUUGAAGUGAGGAACCCACAAACUCACGGUUUUGGUCGCAAAAUGUUUACUGAUUAUGAGAUUGUUUGUCGAUUGAAAGUCUCUUCGGUUCGAAGAAGAUACAGUGACUUUGAAUGGUUCCGUGAUGUUCUUGAACGGGAAUCUUCAAGAGUGAACAUUCCUUCCUUACCAGGCAAGGUCUUUACAAACCGUUUUACCGACGAAGUAAUUGAGUCUCGCCGGGAAGGACUUGAAAGAUUCUUACAAAUUGUUGCGGGUCAUCCUCUUUUGCAAACCGGAAGCAAAGUUUUAUCCGCUUUCAUCCAAGAUCCUAAUUUCAGCCGGGAAAACUAUAUUCAAUAG